GUGUUCCUAACUCCUCCCCAGCAAACCGUGACCGAUAUGGCAAACCGUGAUUUGUCAAAUGAAUUGAAUCGUACACACCGACGUGUUGGGGCUGUGAUUAAAAGAGUUGAAACAUUGGUGCAAGAAGUAGAAGAAUUACGACAAACCCAAGAGGCGCUCGUUGCGAGGGUUGGUGUCACAGCAACGACGGGCCGCGUCGACCCUGUUGCGGUCUCUGCGGUGGAAGGCAAGAUCGAGCGACUCAGAGGAGAAGUCUCCAGGUUGGAAAAUCGUGCCGAGACUGGCAUGGCGACUAUGCAAUCGGUGCUACGGGAUACAGUACCUGGAACAAAAUUGCUUGAACAAGAGCAGAAUGCCGUCAACCAAUCCGAAUUUUAUGUAGUUAAAGAGCGUCUGCGCAUGUGCGAGGAUCAGGUUGCGGUCUUAACCGCCGUAAAACAACAAACUCUUGACACAGGCAAGGUAGAGCGGCCAGACACCAAUGUACGUGAGAACGACUUAAUGCAGCUGGAGGCAGGACUGCAAACUAGACUCAUGAGCUUGAUUCAGAAAGUAUCAUCAGGCAUGGCAUGGACUAUGGAGCAACUAGCGGCAAAGCUGAACGAGCUUCAUCAAAAUAUUGAGUUAGAGGGGGUAGCGAGGUUAAAAGUUGAGGAAUCGAUGACGGGUGUCAUUGAAAAGGCUGUGUGUGGUGUCGCAAAAGCCACUAACCACGAGAUUUUGUGCUGUAUGAAUAAAAUAAGACAACUCGACGUAAAACUCAGCUCAUUUAAUACAUCCAUUCAUGGUAAGGUAGAAAAGAGAUGCUUGCGCCUCGAAGAAUUUCUGGCGAUUGUAAAUGCAGAAUGUAAGAAAAGCAUAGGAAUCCUCAGGGAUGAAACGACGCAGAUCACGCACUCAAUUCUUGAUGAGCUAGUACGUGGGAAAGAUGCACGUGUGCUUUCUACUGUAACUGACCUAAGUAAAUCAAAACAGCAGCUCAAUUCAAUCAAUGAAAUCCAGUGCACUGCGAGCAGAAUGGCGCACGAAGUUCAGCACAUUGCAAUCAUCAGGCUUUUGGCAAAGGAUCUCAAUGCACAGAAGCAGCAACAUGAAGAGUCUCUUUCCGAGACUAUCAAAUUCCUCGGUAACAAGAUUGAUAGGGAAUUGGCCAAAAUCAACUCAAAAUGCACCAAGUCCUUUGAGGAAGCUGAGAGGCGUGCAAGAUGCAUCUCGGACGAUCUUAGGAGCAAGCAGAAUACAAUUGAAGUAAAGUUGGUUCUUGCAGAAAUGGUUAUGCAUCUGGCUGAGACUGAGUCUAUGGAAAACCUAGAUACAUUUAUGGCGGGGUGCAUCGCCAAGGAUGCCGCCCACGUGCAAUCUGGAAAGCAGCAAUUUCAGAUUUUGGAGGCAGCCCUUGCUGCCAAAGCUGUAAAAAUGCGAGAUGCUGACAGGGCUGAGGCCCGUCUAUGGUACAAGCAACAGAAAAAUGCCAACAAGAUGAUCCUCGAUCGAGUCAAAGGCAACAGGCAUAACUUUCAGCAGGCUACAAUUGACUUAGAGGACAAAUAUACUACCAUAUACCAGGCGACUGUCGAACUAGCAGCUCGUAUUGAGUCUAAUAACGUUUCUCGAUGCCUGGUAGAGGCCAUAGUCGAGCGCGAGAGGCAAACACAAGCCAUAAAGAUGACUCAUGCAAUUAGUGCUUUCAGUUUGAAACUCAAGACCCUCGAGGAUAAUCUGGACAGCAAGUUUAUCAAUCGAAUUUCCAUGGUAGAAGAGGUUGUGGCUAAAGUGGCAUCGGAUUGGGAAACAGCCGUUCGAGCAGCAGUCACGGCCUUUCGACCGUCGGAACGUCACAGAACGCCUGGGUUUGUCCGUCGCGUGUUUCCCUAGUCACCAGGAGAUGUGGACGAGGCCAGAUUUGACGGUCCAUUGCGAGCUAGCCGCGUGUCUGUCAAACUCUCGUAGAACGGGGGUGUGACCCACGCGAGACCGGAGCGCACGGCGGGUUGAGCAGCGAACGACAUGUCUGGGGGGUGUGGCGUGGUGUGAUCUUAACUGAUCUGAUCUUACGUUGUCGCCCACUGGCACCAUAUGGCACCAUUCACCAGUCUGCCAGUGAACACUGCAAGGUAGGAAUUGUUUUCCUGGCUCUAGCUAGCAAGAGGCCGCUCCUCCUGUCAAGACGGGAAGAGCGGGUCAUUGACGGCAACAUAGGCCAAAAUCGCGGCCGGGGCCCCCGGGGUGGGGAUUCCGACGAGACGGGAAGACACUCAGCAGUAAGACAGGGAAACAGUAAGAGAUUUUUAGCUAAAAAUAGCCAAAAGGUUGCGCUGGGCGA